AUGGACUCGGCCGUCUCCCUCCGCCGCCUGUCCCUCAAGCUCGACACCGCCGGCAACGUCCUCUCCGCCUCGGACGCCCCUGGGUCCCUGUUCGGCUUCCCCCCCUCGCGGCUGGUGGGGCGGAACGUCCGGGAGUUCCUGGACUGCUUUGCCGGACUGCCGGUGCGGAGCGGGCCCCAGGGGCUGGACGUGGAGCACGUGCUGGAGGCCAUGGUGCACAGGACCCUUGACCGGAAAGAGACCAGCUGGCGCUGCGGAGUGCGGCCCCCAGCGGAUGCCAGCACCACGGACGGGGUGCCCAAUGCGGCGACGGGCGGCGGCGGCGGCGGCGGCGGCCUCAACGCGCUGCAGGCGCUGCUGCUGGCCAACCAGACGCGCGCCGCCAGGAUGGAGCUCACCGUCGAGGAAGCUGACGAGGACCAUGGCGGCGGCGUGGCGUCCCUUGAGCUCCACCUGUGGCGCUCAGACAUGAUCAGCGCCGUCGUGGAGGUCGACAAGGACCAGAUCAUCACCAAGGCCGGCUGCUGCGCCCUGCACCAGCCAGGGCUGGUGUUUGGCGUACCCUCCAAUGCGAUGCUGAGGACUCCCCUCUCUCGCUGGCUCAGCGUCCCACACACGUACGACGGCCUGCUGCUGGAGGACAAGCGGCCGCACGCCAAAGGCACACGCGGCGCGGCCGGCGGCAAGCGGGGCGCGCUCAAGAUGAGCGCCGCGGACGUGAAGAUCGGGCCCCUGAGGCACUGCACAGGGCGCCACGUUGACGGCGACCAGCUGGCGGCGACGGUGCAGGCGAGUGCUGUUCGAGUGGGGGCGGUCGUGAAGGAGGGCGUCACCGGCCAAGUGCUGGUCGUCAAGCUGACGGUGGAGAAGCCCUCCAAGGGCAGCCCCCACUUUGCUCGCCGCAUGCUCGGCCUGGCAGACGUCACGGCGCCAAACCCGGCGGCUGGGGCAGGGGCAGGGACGGGGCAGGACCUUGCCGGCCGUGACAGCCGAGUGAUUGGCGGCCCCCGCGCCGUCGCCGCCGCGCCGGCGCCUGCCGCGGCCCGCGUGUCGCUCGCCGGCGGCGUCACGUUUUCCAGCCACCCCGGCGGCGGCGGCGGCGGCGGAGCAUUCCAUGAUGGAAGGGAGGAUGACGUUUCAGGGUCGGGCUCCGAGGGCGGGAUGGGCGGCGGGGGCGAUGACGAGGGCGGCGCGGCGGAGGAGGCAGCUGCUCUGCUGUCGGCAAGUGCAAGGGGUCCGCGUGCGACUCGCGACUGGGCCAAGUCGCGCCCGGCCAGUGACGCGGACGACGGCGCCGACGCCGCCAGCGACGCCGCCGGCGCCGGUGGCGGCGCGGUGCCCGAGGGGUUUGCUCUGACGGCGCGCGAGGGGUCGGGAACGGGAGGGCUGGAAGAGGCCAUGUCGCAGGUUUCUGGAGGCGACGAGGCCAGCAGCGCCCAGGAGGGCAGCGAGGGUGGUGGCUAUCAGUCCGACUUCAGGCGCGGCAAACGGAUGCGAAAGCUGGCCCGCAUGAUGCUGGGCAAGAAGGCGCAGGCCGCGGCCAACAGGUUCCACUGGCGCACCAUGCUGCUGAUCGCGGGCAUCAUGGUGGCCCACACCGCCUGCUUCGUCACCAGCAUCGUGAUGAUCGGGGGCCAGGCGCAAUACAUUGACGAGGUGGAUGACGCGGGCUCCGCAGUUAUAGGCCUCCACAGGAUGCUCAUCGACAACAGGCGCGCCUUCAGCACCGCAUGCAACUGCACAGGGGCCGGGGCGGUGCAGGCGACCUCCUCGGCGCAAGUGCUGCAGCAGCUCCAUGCGGGCGUGGAGCAUGAUGGAAUAUUCGAAACCAAGGACCUUGCCUCUUGGACUGCCCUGAUGCAGGACGCCGUGCACGUGUUUGAGGCGGAGCACCAGACGACGUACUUUGGCAGGCAAAAGAAGCUGCGGCGCUUCAAGAACAGAGUAAAGUGA